GCAAUGCAGUCCAGUGCCAGCCUGUGGAGGGGAACCUGGAGAAACCCCAGCAGGUCUGUGUGCUCAGACUACUGCAGGGGUUCUGUGCCAACAGCAGCGAGGGAGAGCCUUUACCCACUUUGGAUUUUGCAUAUGUCUGGAAGAUGACAGCACCAGCAAUCCCAAACAGAUCCCCAGGUCUGGCUGGUGCUGGGGGUCUGCAGCCCAGGUCCAAGCCCACCCUUGAGCCAGCCUCAGAGAUGGCAGUGAUGCUUCCACCAGCAGAUCUGGUUGUCUCCUGUCCUGUCUACAGCCAACAGGUAACUCCUGAGGACAUCGAAAGGCAGACGAGGAAAGUGAAGAAGCUGAGGAGGACACUGGCUGAGGCCCUGCAGGCAGACAAGAUCAUCAGAGUGGGAGAAAAGGUGGGGAGGGGAGACUGA